AUGCCUAUACUCUCUUCAAUCAACACUUCCACUCUUCCACUCACCUUCAAAUCCCACCCAUCUCGUAACCCCUCUUGUUUUCUCCAAACCCUGAACGCAAACCCUAACUCCGAUUCCGGUUCCGACGAUGAUUCCCGUAACAAUUCCGCCACGCUCACUCUCUCUUCCUCCCGUGCCCUCGCCUCCGCCAUUCGUAAAGUCUCCAUCUCACCCGUCGAUUUCACUCAGCGACUCGAGAAAAAUCGCAAAAACGGACCCGUUCAUCCUAGCCCUGACUUUCACAGACUCUGCCUCCAACAACUUCAUCUCUUUCGUAGAAUCGUCCCUGAAUCCUUCCUCACAGUGUAUGUUAGACCGGCGGGUAGUUAUGUGAUGGAUCAGUUGGAGCUGCGGAGGGUUGCACUGUACCCUGGAGAAGAUGCUGAGUCAGAGGAAGAAGGCAUUGUCAUUCUCGUUGGUCAUUUUCAUGCUCAGGCCGGCUUGCGAGCAGCGGAGACAGCUCUUUCUGAAUUGCAAGUUAAGAUUGUCCCUGAAUGUAAGGCUAUAGUUCUUCCCAUGGUUAAACACCCAUUUGUUGUUGGUUUCUUGGUUGCUGAGCUUCCAGUUGUGGAGCUCGAAACUUGCGAGAAGAAGGCUCAGAGUGAUAGGUCAAAUAACCGUGUAUCUAGGAAGGAAGUUUAUUCACUUUCUCCUUUUUUGGAUUUGGACAAAAAGUCAUGGGAAACUCAGGCCCCUCGGUUCAAGGAUGAGCCGGUUUCUAUGCGCAACUUCACUUCCGAUCAAAGAUCAAAUGCUGUUGAUAUUUCACAGUCUCUGGCUAUGGCAUAUGUUAUGGAUCAGAAAGCAAUGUUACUUCAGCAAUCAACAUGGCAAAAUAAUGUCAGGAUGAGUAAUUUGGUUGAGCAAAUCCAUGGUCCACUUUCAAGCAUUCAAUCCUUGAGUAAAAUCCUGUCUACACAAACAAAGAAAAGCCAGAUUUCACAUGACAUUGUUGAGGAUAUCUUGGUGCUAGGUGAUCGUUUAAGGGAUGUUCUCCAUCAACUUCAGGAUGCUGUAUACGUGACGAAGGCAAAUAUUAUGCGCCACAACGAAGAAGCAAUUAAGAAAAUGAAUCACAUACUUGCUGAGUCAGAAAAAACUCAAUUGUUAGGUAGUUCUCCGGUGGACAGCUCUGCAAAUAAAAUGAAUAAAUCUGGUGAACCACCUUCUCUUAGUGCCACUGCCAAGGAUAUUGAGAUGCCCUUACCACCUUUAGCUCUCUCUCCAUUACAGCAUGGAAUCAGACCGUGCAAUGUUUCUGAAGUAUUGGUAGACAUGGUUGAUACAAUCAGACCUCUUGCUCUAAAUCAAAAACGUGUAAUAGAACUAAGUCAGCUUUCAUCACCUUUGCUAGCUGCUGUAGCAGAGCCUGAAUUGCGCCAGGCUUUCAGCAACCUUAUUGAAGGUGCUUUACUGCGUACACAUGUUGGAGGAAAGGUUGCAAUUGUGUCUAAUGCUACACCGGCUGGCGAUACCCUCGUAUGUAUUGAUGAUGAUGGACCUGAUAUGCACUAUAUGACGCAGAUGCAUUCACUCACACCCUACGGACAAGAACUCUUGGCCGAAGGUAUGGUUGAAGACAAUAUGACAUGGAACUUUGUUGCUGGGCUGACUAUUGCCCGUGAGAUACUGGAGAGUUAUGGCUGUGUCGUGCGCAUUAUAUCACCUCGGACCAAAGAUGGCCCGCUUGGAGCUGGGGGUACUCGUGCAGAACUUUGGCUUCCUGCACCAGUUAUGAAAUCUAAUGUAUAG